AUGGGAGUUUUACAGGAGGCCUUAGCCCAGCCCCAGCCAUGGUGGAAGAUGCAGCUGUUUGUAUGGGAGCCAGUGCUCUUUGGGACCUGGGAUGGUGUGUUCACAUCCUGCAUGAUCAACAUUUUUGGGGUUGUCCUCUUCUUGAGGACUGGCUGGCUGGUGUGUGUUGCAGGUGCCAUGUACAUCACCGGCUUCGCUGAAUCCAUCUCAGAUUUGCUAAGCCUCAGGAACAUCUGGGCCGUGCGAGGAAUUUCAGUUGUGGUGCUUCUAGCCUUGCUGGGGAUUAACCUAGCAGGUGUCAAAUGGAUCAUCCGCCUCCAGCUGCUGCUGCUGCUCCUGCUGGCCGUGUCCACACUGGACUUUGUGGUGGGCUCUUUCACACACCUGGACCCAGACCAUGGUUUUAUUGGAUAUUCACCAGAACUGCUACAGAACAAUACUCUGCCAGAUUACAGCCCUGGGGAGUCUUUCUUCACUGUCUUUGGGGUGUUCUUCCCAGCAGCUACAGGAGUCAUGGCCGGCUUCAACAUGGGGAGUGACCUCAGGGAGCCCGCUGCCAGCAUCCCCCUGGGCUCCCUAGCAGCUGUUGGCAUCUCGUGGUUUCUGUACAUCGUCUUUGUCUUCCUGCUUGGUACCAUCUGCACCCGUGAGGCCCUUCGCUAUGACUUCCUGAUAGCUGAAAAGGUGUCCCUGGUGGGCUUCCUGUUCCUUUUGGGCUUAUACAUCUCGUCCCUGGCAUCCUGUAUGGGAGGCCUCUACGCAGCCCCCCGAAUUUUGCAGUGCAUUGCCCAGGAGAAAGUGAUACCCGCACUGGCCUGUCUGGGGCAAGGGAAAGGGCCAAAUAAAACACCUGUAGCUGCCAUCUGUCUGACCAGCUUGGUGACCAUGGCCUUUGUCCUUGUGGGUCAGGUGAACAUUCUGGCCCCCAUCGUCACCAUCAACUUCAUGCUGACAUACAUCGCAGUGGAUUACUCUUACUUCUCCUUGACCAUGGGUCCCUGCAGCCACCCCCAGGUGUCUGAAUCAGUGUACAGAGAGGGCAGGGGAGCUCUCCACUGCUCUGAGCACCUGCUCUUGGAGAAGGCUCCCAGCUAUGGUUCUGAGGGCACUGCCCGAAGCCCCUCCGAGGGCACUCUGCUAGAAUUCACCAAAGACAUGGAUCAGCUCCUCCAGCUAACCAGGAAGCUUGAGAGUAGCCAGCCCAGGCAAAGGGAGAGUGACGGGAUCCAAGAGAGUCAGGAGAAAUUCAAGAAGGCCACCAAGCAAACCCUACAAGACAGCUUCCUCUUGGACGUCAAGUCCCCUGCUCCCUUCCCUACUGAAGGGCCUGACAGAUUGCAGGAGUCCUCUUGGAACAAACAGUGUAUCAAGAGUGAAGGGGCCUGGCCUGGGGGAGCAUGUGGAGAACAACCUGUCCCUGAGCUAAGUAACCAGUCCAGGUCAAGUAAAGAAGAUUUCUUCCUAAAGUCUAGGCUCCAUGAGCAAGAUAUCCAGAGGAGACCUGCUUCUUUCUAUGCCCGCAUGUGCAACCCCUGGGUCUCCCUGUUGGGGGCUAUUGGGUCCCUUCUCAUCAUGUUUGUGAUCCAGUGGGUCUAUACCCUGGUUAACCUAGGUAUUGCUGCCCUUGUGUAUUUUUACAUCGGUCGGACUAGUCCAGGGCUUCAUCUUGGAUCAGCCUCCAACUUCAGCUUUUUCAGAUGGAUGAGAUCUCUUCUGAUCCCCUCCUACAGGAGCUUGAGAUCCCCCCAAGAGCAGAUAAUUUUGGCACCAUCCCUGGCCAGGGUUGACAUGGAGAUGACUCAGCUCACCCAGGAGAACGCGGACUUUGCCACUCGGGAUCGCUACCACCACUCCUCCCUUGUGAGUCGAGAGCAGUUGAUGCCUCACUACUAG